CGCAAAGGGCCGAAGAGCCAAGCGGAUGGUUAUUUUUAUGAGGGACUUUGUAGCAGAAAUGGGUCAGGACCAAACCAAACAGCAGAUUGAGAAGGGACUGAAGCUUUAUCAGUCAAAUGACACAGAAAAGGCUUUAUAUGUCUGGAUGAAAGUGUUAAGGAAGACAUCUGAUCCUGGGGGGAAAUUUCGAGUUUUAGGUUGUCUGAUCACAGCACAUUCAGAAAUGGGGAAAUACAAGGAGAUGCUACAGUACUCCCUAGCUCAGAUAAACACAGCCAGAGAGAUGGAGGAUCCGGACUACCUGACGGAGGGCUACCUGAACCUGGCACGCAGCAAUGAGAAGCUUUGUGAAUUCCAGAAGACGGUCUCAUAUUGUGAGACCUGCUUAAACAUGCAGGGCACCACUGUUAGCCUACAGCUCAACGGGCAAGUGUGUUUGAGCAUGGGCAAUGCCUACCUGGGCCUUAGCGUUUUCCAAAAGGCCUUAGUGAGCUAUGAGAAGGCCCUGCGAUAUGCUCACAACAACGAUGACAAGAUGCUGGAGUGCCGGGUCUGCUGCAGUUUGGGCAACUUCUACAUCCAGCUUAAGGAUUAUGAGAAAGCGCUCUUCUUUCCUUGCAAAGCAGCUGAACUCGUGAAUGACUAUGGUAAGGGUUGGAGUCUCAAGUACCGUGCCAUGAGCCAGUAUCAUAUGUCAGUGGCCUACAAGAAGCUGAUGCGCUUAGCAGAUGCAAUGGAAUGCUGUGAGUUCUUUGUGUGCUCACCUUCAAUACAGAAAGCAUUCCCUCGCUAUGAGUCCUCCAUGUGCAUAAUAUCAGAGAUUGGCAACCGCCUUGGACAAGCAUCCAUCUACGUUGGUGUGGGGAAGUGCUGGAUUCUGCAGAAGGAAUACGAUAAGGCUUUGGACUCAUUGCAAAGAGCACAUGAUCUGGCCGAGGCGAUUGGAAACAAGCUGUGUAUCCUGAAGGUGCACAGUCUGUGUGAAGGCAUCUACCGCUGUAAGGAGCAGCAGGAUGAGUUGAGAGAGCAGGUGGUGAAGUUCCUGCAGUGUGUGGAAGAGCUAGAGCUCUACUGUGGCAUGUGUGGGGAGUCUAUCGGAGAGAGGAACCAGCAGCUGCAAGCCUUGCCCUGCUCUCACAUUUUCCACCUCAAGUGUCUGCAGACAAACGGCACAAAGGGCUGUCCAAAAUGUCAUCGUUCCUCAGUUAAGCUGGGUUUUGUAUGAGAUUACACUCCCGCCUUGGACAAAAUGGCAGAAUCCCAUCACAGUGACCCGUCUGGGAGCAAAAGUUCCAGGGCCUUCUUUCAGGAAGCUUUCUAACUGGACAAAAGGAGAGUUUCCGGUAUAUUCCAUCCUGUCUUUAUGGUAACUGGGAAUAAUGUGGAAAUGACAGGAUAUGGGAAUAGUUCAACACAGAGACGUCAUGAAAGACUACAGAUAUUUCUCUGAACUGACCUUAUAAUGCUGCAUUGGUGUAAGACAGAAACAUUAAAAACAGCUUUUUGGACCAUGCAGCAUUGCUGUCCUGU